AGUGACACAUUGGGACUGCAGGUUAUUCACACUGUGGCUGUGUGGUUGGUGAACCAAUGAAAGCUCUCUUCUGUCUGCAGUCUGCCCUGCAGCAACUUUAACAAGUGCCUUAAGGUGACGGCGUCCUCGGCGUACAGCACAGAGCAGCAGCAGGAAGGUGUCGGUGCAAAGCUUUGUAAUCCUGAGCAGCAGAAACAUGGCCGGCACCAAAGCUCGAGAUGCAGUGAGAGAUGGGUUCCCACACCUGAGGAUUGUGCUUGUUGGGAAAACUGGAGUGGGGAAGAGUGCAUCAGGAAACACCAUCUUAGGAAGAAAAGCCUUUGAGUCUAUAACUUCUUUUUCUUCAUCAGUAGUUGGGUGUCGCAAAGUAACAGGGCAGGUGGAUGGUCACAUCCUGGAUGUAGUUGACACUCCGGGUCUGUUUGACACCCUACUGACUCAGGAGCAUGUAAAGACGGAGAUCGUUAAAUGCGUCUCCUUUGUUGCUCCCGGUCCUCACGUGUUCCUGGUUGUGAUCCAGAUCGGCAGGUUUACAAAAGCAGAAGAAGAAACGAUAAAAAUCCUUCAGAAGAUAUUUGGGGUGGAUGCAGCCUGUUACACCAUAGUCUUGUUCACGUAUGGAGACAAUCUGCCAAACGGAAUCGACAUCGACAAAUCAAUCAGUGGAAAUCGGCCUCUGCAUCGCUUCAUCAAUCAGUGCGGAGGAAGAUAUCAUGUUUUUAACAACAGGAGUGAGGAUCGCUCUCAGGUCAAAGAGCUGCUGGAGAAGAUCAACACCAUGACUCAGAGAAAUGGAGCAACAUACUACACCAAUGACAUGCUGCAGGAAGCUGAGAGAGCCAUCAGAGAAGAGAUGGAACGACUUAUGAGAGAAAAUCCAGACAUGGGAGAAGAAGAAGCGAGAAGCCGGGCAGAGAGGAAGAACAAGAUCCUGAGGGCUGCUGGGAUAGGAGCGGGCCUCGGGAGCAUUUUAGGGCCACUGGGAGCAGCACUGGGAGCAGCAGUGGGAGCAGCAGUUGUAGCAGCAAAGGAGAAAAAAUGUGCCACACAAUAAAAUAAAGAACGUUUGAUCACAUUUUGAUAAUUAUUGGUCAUUAAUGGCGCACACAAGAACUGUUAGUCCACGGUAAUUUAUCAUAUUGUGUAAUACGUCAUCUAAGAGCUGUAUAACAUGAGCCUGUAUACACACAGAUCUCCUGAACAUCUUUGGUUCCUGGGUAAUGAGCUUUUUCCUCCAUUGCUUAAAUUUUCCUGAAUUUUCUAUAUUUAACACAAACCUUUGAUCCAUCUGACUCAUGCUGGUCCAGGUCUCAGGGACAGAGUCUGGUCUGUACAGAGACUGCCACACCUCUCUAUCCCACCUACAUCCUCCUGAUGGUCUGGAGGAAAAGCUGCAGCAUCCCCAAGCUAGCUGAGAUGGACUUCCAUGACCUCCUCCCAGUCGGACAUGCCCAGACCUUAGAGAGCAGGUUGGAUUAGCAGCAGCUUUGCUCAGGACGAGCUCGGAGGUUCUGACAUGGUCUCCAGUCACAAACUGAUUAAAAAUAAAA